CCACCACUCACCCCCUCGGACUCCAUCCUUCGAUCCGUCAGUUCAACUUGAUCCAUCACUUUCAUCGCCGCAGUGGCCCCUGCGCAUCACGGUGGCAUUCCCACGAUGACAAAUGGCUCCUUUACGGGCCAGGAGGAUUUCCUGCCUCGACGACAGGGUCCACCGCUGGUGAGGCUGAGGUGUAGUAGUCAUCAUGCAUGCAGUCAGCAGGCAAAUCUCUUGCUUCGAAGCAGCUGAAGACGAAUAGUCGCGAGGGAUCGACAGGAACUCCCCGAACGGGUGCCCGACGGGAGUCUUAAAAAGGUCGACCAGGCAGCCGGAUUGAUGCCGUAAGAGUUUGCUCGUUGGACCCUCAGCCUUUGAGUCAUCGUGACUCAGAACGAGUCAAACGCGUCCGUCGAGGUCCUCGGACUGCGUGGUCAAAAAGAAUCCUCGCUCCGGAACUGCCAGGGCGGAUCCUCGUCGCCAAGCAACAAAUGAUGGUCGCUGAUCUCCCCGUCGGCGCCUCGGUCGCAUGCCUGGCCGUGACCGCGACCCUGUCCCUUCCCCAUGUUCUGCGAUUAAUUCCACGAUCCAACGGCCCUCCGUAUCAUCUCCUGGCCGAUUCCUUGAAUGACAAUGACAAUUAUACUGCCGGCAAGUCGCCGGGAUCCCUGGUUCAGCGCGUCGUGCUGGCUGUCGCCGCUGGUGUCGGCACUCUAGCUGCCCUCCUGCCCCUUCCUGGCGACAGUUCGGCGGGUGCCUCGUGGAGGAUCGCAAGAGUCCUGCAAUGCGUGGCCUGGAGUCUACUUCUCAUCCAGGAAUUGAUCCUCAUCACUUGCCCCGGAUGUCGCGACCGAUACACCCUGGGCUGCUGUAGUGCAUGGGCGUCCCUGCUCCUGGGCCUCACAAUUGGCGGUCUGAAUGCGAGAGCCUGGCGCGAUGCGGACCUGCGCAUGGCUGUCGGUCGUGACCCUGCGACCGUAGGGGUGCAGGUUGUCGCCGCCGCCAUCCUUACGCUCACAAACCUGUCCAUUCCGCAGGGACCCACGAUGUACCGCCGUGGCAAAGUGGUCGACCGCCGCGACACCGUCUCGUUUCUCAGCCGAUACAGCUACGACUGGGCGCGCCCGACCUUGGCCCUGGCCGUCCGGAAUCAAUGCCUGAACGCAAAUGACAUGCCGGUCGUGGCCGAGUGGGUGCGCGCCCGCUCGCUAGCGGAGCGCUUUGCGGCCACCAGUGCGAUCGCCAGGCUGUGGAAAAGAUGCGUCAAGAUCUACUGGCCGACCUUGGUCUUCCAGCUGAUCAUCCAGCUCCUGUCCGCGGCCUGUCGGUUUCUGCCGCAGCUGGCCCUUUUCACCCUCUUGCGGGAAUUCGAGAAACGCGACGCCGGGGCUGAAAACCAGUCCCGGUUAUGGGUGACGGCCGCCGGGCUCGGGGGCGUCUUGAUGUUGUCCUCCUGGUUUUCGUCCCUCGUCGACUGGGUCGCGGACAUGCAUUUGGCCGUGCCCAUCCGGGAGCAACUCUUUGCCGUCAUUACGAGUAAAGUGAUGCGCCUGAAGGACGUCGCAGCGCCUGCUCAGGACAAGAAAAACGACUCUCCAGAGGCAGCCAAUGGCAACGACGCCGAUGAAAACGCGGUAGAGAACGAGGACGAGGACGAGGACGCGCGCCCGAGAACCAAGCAGUCUAUCUUGAAUCUCUUGGGAGUAGAUGCCGAUAACAUCUCCCAGUUCGCAUCGUAUAACCACUUGGCCCUGGAUUGCACGCUUGAUCUCGUCAUAUCCAUCGUAUUCCUGACAAAGCUCAUGGGGUGGAAGCCCACAGUUUUGGGCUGUGGUCUCCCGAUCCUGCUGACCCCGGUAUACUACCUCAUCACUAAGCGAUACAGCGACAGUGAGGAGGCGCUGAUGGAGCAUCGCGAUCACAAAUCGUCGGUUUUGAACGAAGCCGUCCGUGGUAUCCGUCAAAUAAAGUUCGAUGCGCUGGAGAGCGAUUGGUACCGGAAAAUCAUGCAGUUGCGGCAAAAGGAGUUGUAUCUUCAACGCUCGGUAUUCAGACUAGAACUCUCCUUGGUAUCCAUCUGGUCCUUCGGGCCCAUUUGUAUGAGUAUCGUCUCGCUGGUGGCCUUCAUUAUUAUGAAUGGCAGUCUCUCCGCCUCGAUCGCCUUCACGGCCUUGGCCAUCUUCGAGAGCAUGGAAUCCACGCUCGCCAUUCUGCCGGAGAUGGUGACCGAUCUAUUGGAUGCCAACGUGAGUGCGCAGCGAAUCGAACGCUUUCUAGCCCUGGAAGACCACCGGGAUAACCGAGAGGCUGGGGACAAGAUUUCUUUUCGAAAGGCCACCAUCGCUUGGCCAUCUGACGAAUCCCAAGAGGAAUCCACUCGAUUCAGCCUGGCCGACGUAAACUGUGAGGUCCCGACCGGAAAGCUUACGGUGAUCUCGGGUCGCAGCGGUGCAGGGAAGACGCUCUUUCUACAUUCCAUCAUUGGCGAGGCUGAGGUGGUUGCCGGCAGCGUGACCGUCCCCAAGAUUGACCGAGUCAGCGAAAUCAAUUCUCUCGAGUCGUGGACAACCGAAGGGCGACUGGCGUACGUAUCUCAAGAUCCCUGGAUUGAAAACGCCACGGUUCGAGAGGCAAUCCUCUUCGGACUCCCCUGGAACGCGAGUCGUUACUACGAGGUGCUGAACGCAUGCGGGCUCAACCCCGACAUUGAAACUUUUGCCGAGGGCGACCGGACGGAUAUAGGGGCAAACGGCAUCAAUCUGAGUGGCGGCCAGAAAUGGCGCCUUGCCUUUGCUCGAGCACUUUACAGUCGCGCUCAAAUUCUGGUGCUCGAUGAUAUCUUCAGUGCCGUCGAUUCGCACGUCGGUCGCCAUCUCUACGAGAAGGCGCUGACUGGGCCCCUUUGUCACGGACGAACGAGAAUCCUGGCUACUCAUCAUACCCAAUUGUGUCGAGGAGGCACGGCCUACUGUAUUGUCCUCGGAGAUGGACGAAUGUUGCGCGCAGGCACCCCGGAGGAAUUGACUGCAGACGGUUCGUUCAGUUUCAGUCUCGCAGGCCAAGUCUCAGAGCCAUCCAACCAGAACGGAAGUGCCAUCCCCGCUCAUGAAAGACCGACCACCAUGUCUUUUCACGGUAACCGUCGCUGUUCCACGUCAAGUGGCACAAGCCUAGAUCGUCGCCCGUCUCGCCAGGGUACAUCACACGCGGAUGAGCCGCCCGAUAAAUACUACGAGGACGAAAAACGGGAGAAUGGUGCCGUUAAAGCUCAAAUCUUCAGCACGUAUAUGAAAGCUUGCGGUGGCUACUUUCACUGGCCCCUGAUCAUCUUCCUUUUUGUUCUUACGCUGGCCGACAACCUGGCCGUGCCCUACUGGGUUUCCAUUUGGACCAGGGCCUAUGAUAAUAUCUCCGCGCCUUCUGUGCUAAAAGUCGAAGAACUAUCGAGCCGUAUAGCAAGCCCAGACUUUGUUUCUACUUCUGGCUUACAGCUCGACUCUCGAUUGGCGUUCUACGUCAGUGUCUAUGUGGCACUCUCUCUUUCUUCGUGGUUGCUAGAAAUCUUUCGCUCUCUGUUAGUCUUCCAGGGAUCUAUCCGAGCGUCCAAGGAGUUUUUUGAGCAGUUCACCAACUCAAUUCUUCGCGCCCCGUUACGUUUCUUGGACACUACGCCUGUGGGACGUGUCUUGAAUCGAUUCACGGCAGACUUUGGCGUCCUAGACUCGGAUCUGGCCUCAAACAUGUCGUACCUGCUUCAUAGUACCAUCCUGGUGCUGGGCGCUAUUUUAGCCGCCGCCGUGAGCUCCCCGGUAAUUGUGGCCUUUGGCGCUCUGUCUCUGAUUGCAGCAUGGGGUGUAGCCUACUUGUAUAUCGCGGGUGCUCGAGAAUCCAAAAGACUCGAAAGUACUGCUCGAUCGCCCAUAUUUGACCAAAUCGGUGCUUUACUAACAGGGCUUGCUACUAUUCGGGCAUUUGGAAAGGAAGCCGAGUACGUCGGCCGAAUUUAUGAUCUGAUUGACGGUCACUGUCAAGCGCUGUGGCACCGGUGGCUUUUCGCAUCGUGGAGAUCGUUCUGGCUUAGCAUGGUUGGCGCUUGUUUUGUUUCCGCGGUCGCCGUGGUGUUCGUCGGAAUCCGUAGUCUAGACGCCCCACUAGCGGGAUUUGCCCUCAGCUUUGCCUUGGAAAUGUCGCAGAAUAUCUCAUGGCUCCUGACGGAGUACGCACAAAUGGAACUCGACUUCAACGCCGCCGAACGGAUCUUCGAGUACACCCGUCUAGAGAAAGAGUCUGCGGACGGGAAACCCGUCCCUGCCGCGUGGCCUACCAAGGGUGAGGUCGAAGUCACGGACCUAUACGUCAGCUACGCUCCUGAUCUACCGCCAGUCCUCAAGGGGCUUAACUUCUCUGUGAACCAAGGCGAGCGCAUCGGAAUUGUUGGACGAACCGGGGCCGGCAAGUCCUCUUUGACUCUAGCUUUGCUACGCUUCCUGGAGGCUCAGUCGGGCUCAAUUCAUGUUGAUGGAGUCGAUUUGUCGACUAUUCGACUGCACGACGUCCGCUCCCGGAUCGGGAUUAUCCCGCAGGAUCCCGUUGUUUUUGCCGGAACAGUUCGCGAGGUCCUCGAUCCAUUCGAUAAACACGACGAUGACGAGCUGCGAGAUGCACUCGACAAGAUCGUUGUAGAAGGGGAUGAUUCCCCCGGAUCCUCCAACGACAUGUUCUCGCUAUCCUCAUCCAUUGCCGAAGGCGGUCGGAAUCUGUCGCAGGGCCAGCGGCAAUUACUUUGCUUGGCGCGUGCUAUUGUCUCGCGUCCGAAAAUCCUGGUCAUGGAUGAGGCGACUGCAUCAGUCGAUAUGGAGUCGGACGCUCGUAUCCAGAGAUCCAUCAGACAGGACAUCCACGACUGCACAUUGUUGGUUAUUGCACAUCGGUUGUCAACCAUUGCCGACUUUGACCGUAUCAUGGUGCUAGAUCAAGGGACGGUCGCUGAGUUUGACCGUCCAUCGGUGUUGUUGGAGAAAGAAGGUGGGAUUUUCAGGGCGAUGGUGCAGCAGAGUGGCGAGAGAGCCGCCAUCGAGCAGAUGAUAAACAGCGGAUCUUCAUGUUAGUUGAUGAGCAAUCGACCGUUUUUCAUUGUUGAAAGGAUCGAAGAACCCGGUUUUUGUAUUUUAUAGAAGAUCAAUUGAAUUCAGUUUGCUACCU